CGUACGAAUAUUUAAUUCGUAAUAUAUUUAAUAAAAGAUUUUCUUCUAACGUUGUACAGAUCAGAAGAAUAUUUCUAUCGGAUUGUGAAAUGAAGAAAGGAAAAGAAGGAAUGCGUUUUGCAGAAAAAAAGUCUACAAGAUUGAAUAUUAGCGAGGGUUAUGCGCGGUGGUUAAGCGCAUGGAAAAAUUGGGUCGAUGUGGGAAAGAUGGCGGCAGCAAUGUUGUGCGCGUGAGAGAGAGAAUAAUACUGAUAGAUAGAUUUUUAAUGCAAAAAAAAUCUAAGAAAAGAUAAAGUAAUGGAAAUACCAUUGUUCAAGUGUAAAGUGAAAUUUCCUAAUUGGAAGUUAGCAUAAUGUAUCCUGAUAUCUAUCUGAAAUAUAAUCAAGAUAAUUAGAAGAUAAGAGUUUGUUUACGAUAAUAAAGUUUGUGACCACCGCAACGUGAAGCCAAGUGUGAAAGGGUAAAAAAAAGGGUAGAGAAAAGGAAUCGAAAAGAAAAGGAGAGAGAUUGACUGGUGAUUAAACAGUUGCCGGACUUCGGCCCGGUGAUUAAAUAUCAGUAGAAAUGUUGAAACAAUUGCAGAUGGGAAUGAGAGCUUUUCUCUUGAUGGCUUCCCGCGUAUGGACAUGCGUCUGUUUUCUACUCAAGAAGCAGGUUAGAGCCAUUUCACAAAUGCAGCCAGUUAAGUAUGAAAUCUUCCCAUUAUCUCCUUUAUCAAAGCAUAGACUUAGUAUAGUUAAGAGAAAAGUAUUAGUACUUGACUUGGAUGAGACCUUAAUUCAUUCUCAUCAUGAUGGACUGGCAAGACCAACUGUUAGGCCUGGUACACCACCAGAUUUUGUUCUUAAAGUAACGAUAGAUCGACACCCUGUUCGAUUUUUUGUUCAUAAAAGGCCACACGUAGAUUUUUUCUUGGACAUUGUUAGUCAAUGGUACGAAUUAGUGAUUUUCACUGCAUCUAUGGAAAUUUAUGGUGCAGCUGUGGCAGAUAAAUUAGAUAACAAUCGAGGUAUUUUAAGGCGCAGAUAUUACAGACAACACUGUACUCCAGAAAUGGGUUCCUAUACUAAGAAUCUUUCUGCCAUUUGUUCAGAUUUAGCUUCUGUCUUUAUUCUUGAUAAUAGUCCUGGAGCUUACAGAGCUUAUCCACACAAUGCGAUACCUAUCAAAUCAUGGUUUAGCGAUGCAGGAGAUACUGCUUUAUUGAAUUUACUACCUGUUCUGGAUGCUCUACGCUUCACGCAAGAUGUGCGAUCAGUUCUUUCAAGAAAUUUACAAUUACAUAAUACUUGGUAGCAUAAUUUUAAUUGAUUGAUGUACUAGGCAUACUAGCAAUCAAUCGUGUAAUAAUUUAGUGUGUCUAGAUUAGGAUUAUUAUUGUUAUUGGUAAAUAGGAUGCAUAUUAGAAUGCUGUCCAGAUAAAUGAAAUGACGAACCCCUUACCCUGUCCUCAUUUUGUAUACUUGUUAUGCAAAAGAUAGUGAGUUUGUGUCUAAGGGAAUGGGAUGUUCAGCCAAUUACUAUAUCAGCACAAAAAUCUUCUAUAGAGUAAAUUUUAUAUCAAAUUUGAUUGGUGAUUUAUUAAAUGAAAUAUCUGUUUUCUAAUUGUGCAUUUGCCAAAGAUGAUAAAUUGAGAAAAUAAUUAUGUUA